AUGACACGUAUCGACACAUUGCAGACCAAACAGAUGCAGUUGAAAGACAAACGUAUGGAACAAAUCAGUGAAGUAUUAAGUAAUAUAAAACUCCUGAAACUGUUUGGUUGGGAGAAGCCGUUCAUCUCACGGAUCUCAGAGACCAGACGCCAAGAGUUGCAUACUUUGAAACUGAAGAACUAUUUUUGGUCGUGUAUUGAUGUGCUCUGGAUUGUCGUGCCCUUCAUUAUCGCCGGAAUCACAUUCACUAUAUUUAUCUAUACAUCUGGUCAGCCAUUCACCGCAAAAACGGCUUUUGUUUCGCUAUCUGUUUAUAUCUCAUUGAAGGCACCGAUGGGAAGACUUCCAAUGGUGUUGACUCAGUUGACCAUGGCUAUUGUCUCGUUUCGACGAAUUCGUAAAUAUUUAAGUUGUGAAGAAUUGGAGGAAAGUGUGGAAAGGGAUGAGAGAAGAGAGGAUUCAAGUGAUGAGAGAUAUGCCGUGUGUUUGAAAAAGUGUUGCUUUUCGUGGGGUUUAGAAGAAGAGCCGAUUCUAAAGGAUAUUACACUGAAUGUGAAGAAGGGAUCGUUGGUUGCGAUCGUGGGAAGAGUGGGAUCGGGAAAGUCAUCCCUAUUUUCAGCCCUAAUGGGCGAUAUGUACCAAACGGGAGGCUCGAGGAGUGCAAUGAGGGGUUCGGUGUCUUAUGUGCCACAAUCGGCUUGGAUUCAAAACAUGAGUCUCAGACAAAACAUUUUCAUCGAUCUGUUGAAAGUCUCGAUUGAAUCGGUUUAUGAUUCGUCCCAAAGGGGUCACAUCGAAGAAGGACAGAGGGGUUCGCAGAAUGCAAGACAACAUGUCUUUGUGGAGCACUUCGGCGGCAUUUAG